GGCCCGAGGCCGGUGGCCCCUCAGGGGCAGGGCCCGCUGCCCCCCGCGCCGGCUGCCGAGGGGGAAGCCGCUUCUCCCGCCCGCCGGCAGUGCGCAGGCCCGCCCGGCAGUCGGGCAGCCAUGUGGGUGUUCGGCUACGGCUCCCUCAUCUGGAAGGUGGAUUUCCCUUACGAGGAGAAGAUGGUGGGGCGCAUCCUGGGCUACAGCCGCCGCUUCUGGCAGGGCAGCACCGACCACCGCGGCGUGCCGGGCAAGCCUGGAAGAGUUGUGACUUUAGUUGAAGAUCCUGAGGGGUGUGUCUGGGGUGUUGCUUACAGAUUGCCAGCGGGACAAGAAUGUGAAGUAAAGGCAUAUCUGGACUUCAGAGAGAAAGGAGGCUACAGGACUCAAACUGUCAGUUUCUAUCCAAAAGACUCCUCAGUAAAACAGUUUGAUGUAUUGUUAUACAUUGGAACUUGUGACAACCCUAACUACCUUGGUCCAGCACCUCUAGAAGAAAUUGCUGAACAGAUUUUUAAUGCAGUUGGUCCAAGCGGAAGAAACACAGAAUACCUGUUUGAACUUGCUAAUUCUAUCAGAAAUCUUGUACCAGAAGAUGCAGAUGAGCAUCUCUUCUCCUUAGAGAAACUAGUAAAGGAACUCUUGGAAAAGCAUCAGGACUUAAAUUGUCUAUAAAAAUAACGUCUUUCUUUUAAUGAUCUUGCUUCAUCUUCAGAGGAAUGGUUUCAUUGCACAAUUGGUAUAUGACUUGGAGGCAUGUUUCUCUGUACUACACGAUCUUAUUUAUUUUAAUAUUGCAAUCAAAAUAAUAGUUGGUCAUUAAAAGAUAUCGUUACAAAAAUAAUUCUUUCAGCAGUCUAAAGAAAGGGGAGCAAGGGAAGUGUUUUAGGUUUGAAUUUGGUAUACUGGGUCUUUAUCCAAAGACUACACCUUUAAGAAAAUCUCACGAGAACCACUUAAGCUUCUCUUUGUUUGAACAUUUAUCCUUUAUAUAUUAAGUUUGUCCUUAAACACUGAGAGAAACCACUUCAUUGUCAAGGAAAGAACUCUUUCCCUUGGCUCAUUAUGUUGAGCCCCUGGAAACCAAAGCACAGGAUACUUUUGACACAAACAAGCCAUAAUGUAUCAGUGCCUCAUUUUAUUUUUAAGAUUAAUAUAAAGAAUAAAGCCAAAAUAUUAACAUUGACUGAGAUAUGACUUGAAGUCACAAUGCAGCAAGAAUGUUCAGAAACUCAUCUUUGUUACUUGCCUUUAGAUGUUGUUGUAACCCCAUCUCUUAAAAAAUUCACCCAUCUCUGAGGAUAGGUUUUAAGCCAGUAAUUUUCAACCACUGUUUCAGGGAUGCACAAGCAAGAGGUAAUUAAGAAAGAAACCCUCUUACCAGUAACAUUACAUGUGUUGUAUGGACAUCCAAAGAGGGUUGGAAAGCCACCAGUUUAGGCUAGUAGGCUUACUUUAUGCAAAACUUAAGCAAAUGGAGUUUCCGUCCCAACAAGGACUUGUCUUGCUUCUCAAAAAUUUAAGUUAUUUUUGUUAACUUUUUACAAAGUGUAUUUUUGUAUGUUAAUCUAGGAAAGGUCCUAUUUCAAACAAUACGUAACAUCACAUUUUCUCAUGCAGAGAAUGUAUAAGUGUUUAGUAGUAGCUUGGAAGCCUAUAUUUUAAGUAAUUCAAAACCCAUAUGUUUCUACUGUAGAGGUUGCCCCUUUCUUUUAUUUACAUUUUCUUGUUUUAUAUUUGUAAUGACUUGAAAAUAUCAAGUUUAUCAAAACAACAGGCUGCUAUUACUUUACUUGGCCAUGUACAAAAGCUAACAAGAACAUACAUGGAUGUUAAUAAGAAACAUUUGAGAAAGGCAUCUAGAUGAGUAUAAAAUAGGAUAUUAAAAUUUAAACCUAAAUUUGAGAUAAUUAGGUCAUUUACAAUACUUAACCAAGAACACUAUUUUUUACAUGCCAGAUUAUGAUUUCAGUGUGCCUCUGCCAUUUCUCAAGCAUUGAUGCACUGAGGGAAAGAAAGCGUAUUAUGGUUUUCAGAAGCUACUGUUUACUAUUAAUAGUCGAAUGUCACUAUUUUAAGAGUCGAUGAUGGGGUAUCACUUGAUGGACUAAACUGCAGAACCAAAUCCUCUGAUCAUAUUAGCAAAAUAAUCAUAUGCAUUGAAGCCUCAUUUUCCAUUAGUAGACAUGAGUUACUUGCAAAUGAUGGAAUAUCUUUCAAAGGUCUCAAUCCUCCACUGCACUGCGCUGGAUUUAAGACUGACACAACUGAGCAGAAAAGCAACACCAGCUAAUUCAGGUGUACAGCAGGAGAGGACUAUGAUCAGAACUUCCAUGUGUCCGUACACGAGUCAUUAAGAUGCCCAAAGCUGGAGCUGAGGGACUUUGCACACCAAAGAUGGACAGUUAUAACCAUCACCCAAAUCAACAUUAAUGAACGUGCUCUAUUACACAUGCAUUUAUUCACCUUGACUUAAAGAAUAAUUCUUAAGUGUUACUGGAUAAUUAACUGCUACAGAAAAAUGUUAUGUAGCAUUUACCAACCCAGCCAACAACAGCACUUUCUUUCUUGUGCUGCUUUCAGAUUUAAGCAAGCUGCAGUAAACUUAAAACAUGUACAAUGGCAUGUACACUCUAUGCAUUUUAAAAAAUUAUUUUCUCAAAGACCUUUGUUCCUUAAAACAGGGCAGAGGAUGCUUACACUCACUAAUGAUCCUGAAACAUCAGUGACGAUUCUGUCUUUCAAACUAAUUAUUUAAGCACUGUGUUAGGGCAUUGUGAUUAUGUAUGGUUAUACAUUUUGUAUCUUUAACUAUAUUCAGGACAUUGUUGGUUCAUUUAUUUUCCAGAUUCAUGAAAGCUGCAAUAAUAUCUGUAACGAUACAUUCCAAUUUGUGCAUACAACUUCAGUACAAUAAAAAUGCAUCAUAUUUACUAAUUGUUUUGGAGUAAGAAACUUCCAGAAAUGUUAUGUAUAUUUAAAGUGUAUCCAUAUUCGGAUGGACAAUGUGCAUCUUAAUUGUAUCUUGUUAUAAAAUGCUGUUAGAUCUAAUGAUGAAAAACAAUAUACAAGAGGUAGCUACUAUUAUGCAGUCUUAAACUGUGUCGACAUUAUGAAUUAAAGCACUGGAAAUAUA